GACAAGAUGGCGAUGCUUUGACAGGAGUGCUGCUGAAGCAGUGACAGCAUCAGCAGCAUUGGGAGAACUACCUGGGCCCGCACUAGGUUGAGCAGCGACGGGCUCCCAGGAUGUUCGCCAAGAAAAAGAAGAAGCCGAUCAUUUCGGCACCGAGCAACUUCGAGCACCGUGUUCACACGGGCUUCGACCGGCGGGAGGGUCGCUUUGUCGGACUGCCACCGCAAUGGGCCAGCCUGAUUGGUGGAGGCCAAGACCGGCCCAAGCCCAUCAUCGACCCCUCCAAUAUCACCCCCACCGAAAUUCUGGACAUGAAGCUGCACACUAUCGUGAGAGGUGGUGCUCCUGGAAGCACAAGCCCCGCGGGUCGAUGUCCGUCACGCCCGGGCGGGCCUGUCUCGGUGACACGCUCCAACUCCCUCCGCAAGGAGAGCCCCCCCAUGAUACAUCGGGACAUGAGCCGGCUUCCGCCACCUGUUCCCGAGCAUGACACAUUCCCAGACAACAGCCCAAUGCCACCUCAGGGCCACACACUGCCUCCAUAUGCACAUUACCAGGGGCAGCAACCACUUCGGGGACAGCAUCCACAGGCUCAGCACCCGAUGGGAGGAGGGCGUCUCCCACCCGACCACCUCCAGGGCCACUCGAAUGCGUAUGCCCCGGCUUACAUGCAUGCUCAGCAGCCUCACCUACAGGACCACCCUCAGCAGGACGUGCACAGGCCCUCUGACUCGCAGGAGGCCCCUGACAGCCCGUCGUUACCCACUAACGCCCAGGGCUACCCACCACAUGCUGGGCAGCACACAGCACAGGGACGCCAGCAGCCUGGCAACAUCACACCCCAGCCACCUCACGGCAUUCCAUCACACAAUGGCAGCUACUAUUCUGAACAGGAUACUGCCACCGCACAAUGGGCAACAGCCACACCCAGGCCACUAUGGAAGCCGAGACCACCUGCCCCCUUCACACACCUUGCCAUCACAUCCGCACCACGCUCCACCACACCUUCCACCACACAUGCAUCAUCCGCCAUCUCACGCUGGGCAGCAACACCAGCAGCCCUUCGCAACAGCAGCACUUGCGACAGGCAUCGCCUCACCGAGAAAGUUGGGGCUCGGGCCAGGAUCGUUAUGAUGCCGGCGAAUGGGAGUCCUCUGGAUACAGCGCCGCCGUGCCUCCUCCGCACUGCCCGGCCACCCGCCGCCAUCCCCGGAUCACAGACUCACCACGGAGGUGCUCCUCCGCCAGCAGCGGGCCACCCUCCACAGUCGGGGCAUCACCCUCCACCUCAACAGCCGCAGCAGCACCACGCACAACCUCCGCAUGCCACGACCAUGCACCAUCCCCCAACGCACGUCAACCAGCAACACCCGAGGGGUCCUUCGCCUAUGCAUCCGGCGCACGGUAGUAGUGUCCCUCAGUCCCACCAGGCCCCAGCACCGCACAUUCCAAACGGGAAGGUACCACCCGCGCUCAACGGUGGGCACCGGAUGUCGCCUUCUGGGAUGCCACCUCAGUACUCUGUAAAUGAGCAUCCUGGUGGCUACCCCAAUGCUGCCCCAUACCAGCAUCCGGCCUCCCAGCUGCCUCCGUCCCAACUCCAGCAGCAGCAGAGGGUCUCUCCGCAAAACACAAACUACGCUCCACAGGCGGGUCACCUGCCGCCCGAUGGUUACCGGCCUGCCACCCAGGGAAAUCCUCACCAGUACGGACAGUCGAAACCUCACCCGGGCCACAGCCAUUCGCCUGGGCCGGCACCAGUUGCCAAGGAGCUGCCAGCCACCCCGCCAAAGCCCAAAGUGCCAAACGAUCUCCACCAUCACCACCACCAUUACCAGCCUGCGGGACCACAUCCACAGGUGCCUGUGCAGCAGACACAGCAGCCACAUAUUGGAGGACAGACCAUGGUGGACGGUGGUCGGGAUGGAAUGGGCAAAGGUCAAGCAACCAUGGACCAUGCACCACCACCGGUGGCAGGCAAGCCUCAGUCAAAUCACCCACCUGAGCACCAAAGGCUGUCACAUGAGCAGUUCCGAGCAGCACUGCAGAUGGUGGUUAGUUCGGGUGACCCCCGUGACAACCUGGACAACUUUGUGAAGAUCGGUGAAGGCUCAACUGGCAUUGUGUGCAUAGCUACCGAAAAGCCCAGCGGCCGUCAGGUGGCUGUCAAGAAGAUGGACCUUCGCAAGCAGCAGCGCAGGGAGCUUCUGUUUAACGAGGUGGUUAUCAUGCGAGACUACCAUCACCCAAAUAUCGUCGAGAUGUACGACAGCUUCCUUGUGGGCGAUGAGCUCUGGGUCGUCAUGGAGUUCCUUGAAGGUGGAGCCCUCACCGACAUUGUCACACAUGCCAGAAUGGAUGAAGAGCAGAUUGCAACGGUGUGCAAACAGUGCCUCAAGGCCCUGGCUUUCCUCCAUUCCCAAGGCGUCAUUCACAGGGACAUCAAGUCCGACUCCAUUCUGCUGGCCAGCGAUGGAAGGGUGAAGCUGUCAGACUUUGGCUUCUGUGCACAAGUGUCCGUGGAGCUUCCCAAGCGCAAGUCCCUCGUGGGCACACCCUAUUGGAUGGCACCCGAGGUGAUCUCGCGGCUCCCGUACGGCCCCGAGGUGGACAUCUGGUCCCUGGGGAUAAUGUGCAUCGAGAUGGUGGACGGCGAGCCACCCUUCUUCAAUGAGCCACCGCUGCAGGCCAUGCGGCGCAUCCGAGACAUGCCGCCACCCAAGCUCAAGAACACGCACAAGGUAUCGCCCAGGCUUCAGGGUUUCCUGGAGAAAAUGCUGGUGCGGGAUCCGGCGCAGCGGGCCACGGCCUUCGAGCUGCUGCAGCACCCGUUCUUGAGGCAGGCAGGUCCUCCCAGCCUCCUAGUGCCACUCAUGCGCAGCUUCAGGCACAGCCCCUGCUGAUGAUGCCAGUGCAAGGCGUGCCAUGGCUGCCGCCCGCACAUACAGCGCAGGGGUCGUGUUUGCGUUAGCGCUUUUCCUCCGUGUCGAGAAUGGUUUCACAUGCAUUCCCAUAAACUUCCAUAUGUCUUCCAUAUCAUCUGCACCGAAAUCACUAGUUUCAUAUCGGUUGCACGCAAUAUCUGUAAAGUGAGUGCAAUUCAAUGGGCUCAACAAUUAUCGUGGCAUUAUUAGAAUAAUGGUAUAUAUUAAUGUAUUGUUUUUCAAUUGAAGCAAUUUGAGGGCAAAAAACAUUCUUGCAGAUAAUACGCAAGUUGUGUUGUUCAUUCUAAAAAGCUGGGAGUUUGCAGUGUCUUAACUUCUCUCUUGUGCUUGUGUUUGCGUGCCCAGUUUUUUUAAAUGAAUACUGCAGGACUAACUGAGCUCUUUCCUAUUCUGGGUUGUAUUGUUCAGUCAUUAUAUUAUUAGUAAAGGUAGUAAGUUAUUGCUGCGGGAGAACUUUGUGCAUCUUCGGUCGUUGCUUGGUUUGCGGUUGUUCACUUUCUGCUCGCAUGGUCGGCCUGAAGCCAGCUGUGCCAAGCACGUGAGCUGAAAUCAAACCAAGACUGAAUGUGUACGAAUUCCGCUCCUUCAUAAUUUGAAACAUAUUCUACACAUUUGGUGACGAUUCUGCAUUCUCAAAAUAGCAGCUAAAAUACUAUUGCGAUGUAAUCAAUAUGAAAAUUGUGAAUGCCUUGUCAGCUUUGUAGUUCUUGCAAGGAGAGCAAGUAUGAUGUGGAGGCCAUAAGAAAAUAUUGAAAUGCAUGUGAAAUUUGUCGCGAAGGCUGUUCGACGUUGUUGCGUGUUGAAUGAGUGCAAAUCUUUGGCAUUUCUACAAAAGAGGCUCCGGUAUUUUUCACCCCCCUCUCUCUCUCUCUUAAAAAAAAAAUUCAGCCUUGUGAAUGUGAAAUGAGGUGUUUCUAUGGCAACAGUCUUGGCAUGUGCACCAUAUGAUGCUUCAUUUGUAUGCGUAAAAAUGUUAGGUUUAUUCAGGAUGAUUGUAUAGGAAGCUAAUGGCUUGGGUAAACUUACACUAAAGAUUGUGAAACAAUCCAACAGUCCCCUGCAGUUGUUUUAAAAGCAGUACUCCAUCUCACGAUUGCCCUUUGCUGUGCUGUAGAGUGUGCUCUUGGGAAUUCAAACUUCUGGAGACUUCUCAGGAUUUGGUUUUAAUUAGUAUCAGAAGUUCCCGCAAAUAUGAUUCAGAGCAACAUACCAACUAGCGUUAUGAUGUUCAUUGUUUCUCAGUCCUGCUGUAACAUAGACAGCUCUGCAUGAUUGCCAGUUGAUUUUUCAGAAGUCUGCGAUCAUACUGGUCUUCAUCAUUAUAUAGAGAACGUGUAAUGAAGGGGCAAAAUGUGUUGUGUCCUGUGACAAAAGUUGCACGGUGGCAAUCAAUAGGCUCAAAAUUUGAAAGGUUAAUUUGAUAACAUUCAUGUACAAUACAGUUGGGCUGUACUACAUUGCAGUAAUACAUUAUUUACGCGGUACUAAUGGUAUAAAUAUAUGGUUGCGAACAACCGUUAAUGUGACAUACGACAUUUGCCUCAAGAGUUGGUUGCCUUGGCCUUCCUUUGUGACAAAGUUCUAUGAGCAUGAAGUGAUAAAAAAAAAGUUGAAAACUUCAAUAUAUUUAAUAUUUCAUUAUAUUGAAGCUUAUGAUAUGAAGUCUCUAUAGUUUACUGGUACAAAUUGUUCAGAAGCAAUUCAUUUUGUGGAAUUCAUAUACCGUAAACUUUCGGUGCCUUUUGUACAUGAGACAGCACACAUUUCUGUGCAUCAUCUCGUGAAUGUUUGGUGUUCAUGUCUGUUACCUAGACUACAACAAAUUUUAGGAUUACAAUGGACUGGUGUGCUUGGUGUCACAACAGUAAAGUUUCAAGUAAGUUAGACAACAAAAAAGAGGGAAAAGUCGUGACGCUGUGGUAGCAGCUGUGUGUGAUGGAUAGCUGUGGUUACCCGUGAAGCAUUAAAAAACAUUUCGAUGGGGGAGACAGGCACGGAGACGCCUUUUUGUGAGAAGUUUUAGAUGGUAUAUUUAACAACGUAGGGGUAUCGCAUUAAAUCACCAACAUUGUAUUUGAUGAUACAUAAACUGCUUAUGAUUUUGGGCUUGUGUGAUGCAUUGUGCUGCUCUUGAAACAGCUGAAGGGGACCACUACUAUUUGUUCUGGUGUAAACGCAGUGUAGUGUAAAUUUCGAUGCAGUUUUAUGUGCCGAGUUGACCUUGUUGAAGAGCCUGCUCCAUUCUGAACUGCAGUACAUUGAAACGUUUUUAGAACCGCAACGGAAUUUCCAGUCUCUGAAGUCAUCAGUGAAGUCAUUAGCACCCUAGAUUUAACUCCAUUACAAUCACACUUUUGCAAGUAAAUGUGUAAGUUAGCCUAGCACAAGUUGCCUCAGGGGCUCAAUCUUGUACGCAUUCUGUGAUAGAACGGAACGCAGUAUCGCGAGAGGGAUGAAACAGCCAUUAAACAAAGGGCAAGUGCCUCGGAAUAAUGCAUCCCAUUUGGAUCAGUCUGCUGGGGGAAUUCAGAAAUGUUUUCAACGCAUGAAAAAGCAUUAGAGCUUUUAUAGCUGAAUAUCAGUUUUUCGAGCAUUGUUUUUCAAAGCUUGAAAUUGAAGAGUGCGAUAACCUUAACAAUUUUAUUCAAGUGGAUGUCUUUAUUGCACACUAUGUGGCGUUCGCAAUUUCACGAGACUUUCAGUAGUGGGCACUGGUGGCCUUUUUAGCAAACUGUCGGUGUGGGAUUAGAUUAAGCCAGCCACAGAGCAGGCUAAUUCGUGCCUCCAGCCUAGGCGCUUAUGUAUCGAUCCAAUGUUGUAAGUGGUCCGGAGAUCGUCCUAUAUUCGUUAUAGUAAGCAUAACUGUGGCUGUCUAUUUUCUGCCCCCCUUUUUUGCAUAGCAGGCAACAAAAGUUUUGAGAGCACUGCCAUUUCUGGUUGCUGUUGUGACGUCUGAUCAUCGCGUAAUUGUUGACCAAAUGUUUGCAGCAUGACAGAACUUUCUAUCUCAGAAGUUGUGCAAGAUUGCACUCUAGGAAUGUGUAAAAUUUUCUUAGCCAUUUAUAAAUAAUUGUUAAGUGUAUGAGAAGCCAUCGUGUUAUCAUUUUGCCAUUUUUCUUGCUGUAGUAGAGUUUUAGUAGCGCGCUGUUUAGCCGGAUGAUUCUGGAAGCGAAUUUCAUAGACAAAGGUGCUUAAGAGCACUGUUGAACAGUGGUAUCAACUGUUGCUGCUCAUCUAAUUGGUGUGCUACAAGGCAUCAUCUUCAUAAUAGUGCACACAUGUAAACAAGCAACACGAAAGCCUUUGUAUAGUAUUAUACACUACCCGCCAUAGUGGCUUAGUGGCUAAGGCACUCGGCUGCUGACCUGCAGGUCACGGGAUCGAAUCCCCGGCCGUGGCGACAGCAUUUUCGAUAGAGGCGAAAAUGCUUGAGGCCUGUGUGUUAGCUUUAGGUGCACGUUAAAGAACCCCAGGUGGUCUAAAUUUCUGGAGCCCUCCACCACGGCGUCUGUCAUAAUCAUAUGGUGGUUUUGGGACGUUAGACCUCAACAAUUAUUAUGUAUUAUUGUAUAGUAGACACAGUUGCUGUAAUUUUUCAAGAUUGUUGCGUUACAUUCGUUUGAAGCCUUAGGAACACUUCUAUUUGACGGCAUGUUGCCAGUGCCCUGGACACCAAGUUGCUAAAUUCGGGUGCUCCUUUUAGUGUACCAGGAAGGUUUCUGUAAUGGCUUUUGUUUCGAUAGGUUGUGAGAAAUCGAUUUGACCUAAAUAUUGACAUUGGUCUGAAGGUUUCAGUGGUUUGGUGAGCUUGCUUACGAGAAUGCUUCAAGGGCUGCCUUUAGAAUAUCCACGUAUAGUUGAGAAAUAGUCUUGCUACCUUUGCAAUGUUGUUUCAUAUUUAGCAUGCUAUUUUUAAACUUUUCUGGUAGAGCUUUGCAGUGUAGUGGUAGUUGAUUGUAGUUUGGGCUUCUGGUACCAUCAAUAGCGGUACCUGAAAAUAAGAUGGUAGUGCUUGCGUGCUAGUGACUUCACUUGCUUCCCCCUCAUGUGAUAAGCCCCUUUACGGCAGUAGUACCUUGACCUGUAGGCUUACUUCAAUCACUUAUGACAAAUCUAUCAUACAGCACAAAUGUAAAACUAUGUCAGCCAAUCUAUAAAAUGUCUUGGAUAUAGUAGAGUGGUUUGUAUGUCAAAAGUGAUGCUAAAAACAAAAUUCAAGUACGUUACUAAGUGGCUUUUUAAUGUCUUAAAAUGAAGAAUAUGCCAGUUUUGUGCAAAAAAAUAGUAUUAAUGAACCAGUCAAUGACCUAGAUGUGGGAAAGACUACUUUGGAGUUUUGAAUGUCUAUUGCAGCAGUACUUCAGAAACAAUUUGAAGCGCAAGAGAAAUACUUCUGCGACAAACCGUUAGACCUUGAGGCAAGAGAAGUUUGACAGGCAAAAAUUUCUCACUGAGCUUGCUGGAAAAGAAAAAAAAAAGGAAAAAAAUGAAAUUCAUUCACACGCAAAGUGGCUCUCAAAAUUUAGGUGAGGACUUCAUCCGUUGAUGGAUUUUUAGCAUUUUUUAAUUUGGCACAGGGAAUGUGGUCUUCAGUUUCAACAUCCACUGCAGCUCAGUUGAGUCUUGGUGCAAAAAAAAAAAGGCGAGAUGUCAUUUUCAAAAUCGCUGUUUGACAAUGCUCUGUGACUUGAUUUUUGUUUUUAGGGUUACUUUACACUGUUAAAGUGCGAGGAUUUCUGGUGACUUACUACUAGUGUAGGGUAUACGUCUCUGUGUCAACAAUCAAGAAGUAAUGCAAUAACAUUUAGUGAAACAAGCGUUUCUUUCCUCAUAAACGUAGUUGUUUGUGAAUUUACUUGUAGAAGCAUAGAGCAUUCGCAUAGCAUGUAACUGGUUUACGAAAAUGUCAUACAGAGCUUUGGCACUAGUAUGAAGCAUAUUGAUUUGAGUGUUUGCUUUUUAUAAGGUCACAGGUGUUAGGUGGCAGCCUUUGGCAAUUAACACCGCUUGUUACUAGCAUACUGAAGGAUGUACGUAGUUGCAGUAGAAGACAUCUGAUUACCUGCUUCUUGCACAAUCGUAUUACCUCCAACUUCGUCCACACUUCAGCUCUACAGCUUUUGUUAUCUGGAGAGCAAGAGCCACUGCGCCUACAUCCGGACUUUGUGUGUAAUAUUCUUUGCAGUCUGCCAUUGACCCAGUUUUUUUUUUUUCCUUUUGCCGUAGGCUUAGCAGCGUGAAGUACCAGACCCAUUCUGCUUUGCGAGAUACAUUAUUAGGACUAACUCAUGGUUGUCAUGCUCAAUAGGCGUUGAAAAUUGCAAUCAGUACAAUCUUUGAUGUAGUGCAUGGCAAAUUCUCGACUGACAGUAUUUUAAGUGUAACUGGUCUUGUGCUAGUGCACAUUUUGACCAACAAUCGUGUGUAAUGUUGAGGAGGUGAUCAGAGCUUUGUUUGGCCAUACGGUAAGCUGCCAUUUGUGAGAAGAAUGCAUUGUCUGUAGCCUUGACAGGGGCUGUUGUAAAAGGUCCACUGGAAUGACAGGCUUAGUCUGGAUGCAGUGUGAGCAGCUUUUUUUUUCUUUCGCGCCUGUUUCUUGCACCCAUAUCCUAUUUCCAUGAAUGUAGCUGGGGAAGAAUUUGAGCAAGUCAUGUCAUUACAUUUUCAGAAUAUAUUGCAUAAGGAGCUACUAUAUGAAGGAAAUUGUUACAUAAUUUCACAUAGAAUUGUGUGUAAUGUGGUGCUCUGAGCUUACAAUCAAACAGCAGUGCAGCAAGUGAUGACCUUUGCAGCAAGACCCACUUGUGACCACACGUCUGAGGUGGCUAGAGUGCAGUGACUAACCGUGUGCAUUGCAGUGAUGUCUUUAAGAUUUUUAGACACUUUUCUUGAAGCACCCAGUACUAUGGUAUUCCUGCAAAUAUGGUAUCUGUCAGAAAUUGUUACUUAGUUUCAGGGUAUGAUUUCCAAACUUCUGAAUGGAUGUGUUUCCAUUGUGCUUAACUGCUUCUGAAGGAUCUUUCUUUCUUGUUUUUUUUUUUUUUCUCUUUCCCAAAGUGCAUAGGCAGAAGUUCCCAUGCUUUUGCUUGUGGCCUUGCAGUCAGUAGUCCCAAGUGCCUUGUGGCCUUCUUGGUUGAAAAGUAUUUGAUGUUUCACGCAGGGUGUUCAACAGACACGGGUAUCUUUUGUAAACUGACAGCAGACGAUUGAGUUAGGGCUAGUUAUGCAAAGAAAAUGCAUACUUUUACGAGCUGUAUUCUACAGGGACAGCUUGUGUACAAGCCUGAUUCAGCCUCCUGAAUUUACAGCAAAAGUCUUCACGCAGUUCUAUGAAGAUUAACCCUGCAAUGCCCACUGUAUCAUGCUAUAUAAUACCUCAAUGAAGCUACUAAAAGCUACUAUAGGUGUCAUGAUAAGCAGCCAUUGUAGAUUUGACAUGUCAUGAAGAAGGCAUAGUGACUUACAUAUAUUAUAAUAAUUAAUUACUUCAAAUGAAUACAAAUAUGUUAUGCCUCAAACCAAAUUUCAUACAUAUUUUUUUAAAUGAACUCUACAAGCAGAGUAAAAAGCAGUCGGCAUUUUCUCAUUAAUUUUUUUGAAGGCACAACUGUUUGUGGGCAUUAAAGGGUUAAAGUGCAGCUUUGGGUCACCAAGGUGCUUUUUGUAGAGAUGAAGUUAUACAACUGUGUAUGAAAGUUCUAACACGCUUAUUGUCGAUAGAAACAUAUAUUUUUUUUUCUUUUUUUUGGACAUAGUACCAUAAUGCUGAAACCCCGUUGUAGCCUCCUUUAUACAUUAACAAUGCCUGCCAGUUGCUCUGCAAUGUUUUUCUAAGCCAGUGGUCCGCUGCACCAUAUGCCACCUUACCAGCAAUUUUAUUACUUUUGCUAGAGCACAGACAACUUUCUGUCGUUCUGCACUCACUGUUUCAACCACUUGACAUGUCAGGAAAGUUGAGGUGACUCUAAUUAUGCAAGAAGUAUGACCAUUUACAGCAGAUGGUGCACGCUGCACGGCCCCUGGUUUCUGUGUCGCUGGACAAGCGUUAAGGAAGUACUGGAGGCUACAACUCGUCGUGAAGGAACUUGCCACUGUUGUUUCUGAGCUGAUUAGGAUAACGUAGUCUACUGGGCUGUGUUCACAUGACAAGCUAUGCAUAUUUGUACAUAGAAAUGAUUGGCAGUAGUAAUAGCUCUGGGCCCAUUUUUACAUUGUUCUCUAUAAUUUCAAGUAGGCCCAACACGAAGUAGAUCCUAGUACCUGGCCUCACUUUCACGCUGUAGUUUGUUAAGGGUGAUGCAUUUUAAGGUUGUUGUAAAUGGUCACACAUAUGUUUGCAGUGACAUAAUUUCUCUUAAACAUGAACAAAUAUGUGUGCUUCUCAUUAUCUUUUUCUGCAUUUUCAUUUAAGGUUCUUUUUGGUGCAGAAAUCAUUAUGCAUGUGUUCUGUCGCACGUUGUUCUUGUAUAUUGUGUUUUGAAUGUUUUUAAUGAGCUGUUUUGGGGAGGCCAGAAGCUGGUGCUGUUAGGAAAGCCGGGUAUAUUUUGUGUGUGUUUGUUUGUUUUCAAGAUGUACCGGAGCUGCCUUCAUAUAUUAUUAGGCUGGCUGUAUUACAUUCCAGGGGUGCUGUAUGGCAGUGGGAACUUGUUGCCAAUCUGUUCGAUGACGAGCCCCUUCGCACUGUUUUUUCACUAUUAAUGUUGUACCUACAUCUGAUGUUUGCAUUUUGUCAUUUUUAAUGUCUUUCUCUCUCUCUCCCACUCUCCAACUUAUUCCUUGAGGUCUGUUGUGCAAAGAAAGUGGGGAAGAGGUGUUUCCAAUACAUCGAGAUAUUGACCUCACAUAUACAUAAAUAUAUACACUAUAUAUAUAUAUAUAUAUAUUCAGAUGUUUGUUUUAUAAACCAAUCAUUACUAAACUUCACAUUUCUAAUUGUGUUGAAGUAUGCUGCUGGCAGAAGGACACAGGAAAUAGGCAGCAUAUUUUACUGUGGUUAUUGUCAGAAAGUUUGUUUUUAGGGACAGCCUGUUUGUCACAGGAGUUAACUGGCAGCUUUGCCCAUUUGUGCUUUUCACAUUUUGGGCUUUUAAAUUCGAUGCCAGGGUGUGCAUAAAAUUAUCAGCACUGGUGUACUGAUAAGUGCUUGUAGCCUAUAACUCAUUGCCAAAAGGUAAAGGUCAGUCACUUGUGAGCAGCGGCUAGCCAUUGCUUAUUACUUUUGAGCAAUAGGGGCAUGCAACUUGUGUGCACUCGUAGUGUAUUGUGGCGUUAUGCAGAGUUCUGAUGGUUUCUGGAGCCUUGUGAAUAACUUUUUUUUUGCAUGUAAGUUUUCACUGCAAAUGUUCUAGUAGUUUAGAGAGCAUAUUCAAGAUAAAUGGUAACUUGUUCUACCAAUGCCAGAGAAAAUGGAUUGUACUCUCCUGAUAGUUGUGAAUACAAGGGCUUAUGAAACUGUUGAUAGGAGAGAGAGAUGUACAUGAUGACCUUCUUAUACUAAGCAGUUGAAAAUGCAAUGACCUGUAAAUACUGAUUUCUCAUGUACAUUAAAGCUAUCUUUCUUACAAAAAUUUGUCUGCUAUUUGCAUUCAGAAGCAGUAUGGAUCAAUAAACAUAUCUGUAGUGAUAAUAUUCUUGAUUUUUUUUCUCUGUUUAUAUUUUGUUGAGGCCUGAAGAUAUUUCUAGAGACUUUGCAUUCAGGCAUGUGUAUGUUAAAGCUGCUAUGAAGCGCUUUUCGAACACUAUGAAAACACUGUGGAUCUGUAGAUAAGGAUUAUGACAUGCCAGCCAAACUUUGCAUUCUUUGCAGCAAAAAAUGUGCAUUUUUUCAAGUUGUCGAAAAUCAGUAGCUUUCUUUGCAGUGUUAUUAGCAGCCAUUUAUACCAACUGCUUCGUGUGUAUUCUAAUGAUGGGGACACAAGAGCAUUUUCGUCACUACAAUAAUAAAACAAUUACUCGUG